UGUGAAUGUGCUAGUUUUUCGAAACAUGGCUGGCGGUGAGGUAGAAUUAGCGCAGACAGCGGCCCCAGCUGCUGAUACGAUCUUUGGAAAAAUACUGAGGAAGGAAAUACCUGCUAAAUUUGUCUACGAAGACGAUCAGUGUGUGGCUUUUCACGAUGUCAGUCCUCAAGCCCCGACCCACAUUCUAGUGAUCCCGAGGAAGCCAAUCACGCAGCUCUCCAAGGCUGAAGAUAGUGAUGAACAACUCCUUGGGCAUUUGCUGAUAGCUGCUCGCAAGGUGGCUGCCAAGGAAGGCUUGGACAAGUCUGGAUUCCGUCUAGUUAUCAAUGACGGCAAGAAUGGAGCACAGAGUGUCUAUCACCUGCACAUCCAUAUCCUAGGAGGCCGCCAGAUGCACUGGCCUCCUGGCUAAGACUAAAUUAGAGAAAUUCUACUGUCAAAUUAAUAAAAUUGUUCUUAUUUUCA